AUGGCACCUGCGAAACGCGAGGUUACCCAGACACUUAUCGAGGCCGACACUACUUUUGUGACGGUCAUUACUCUAGGGAAUACCAGGCCCUGGCCAACUUUGAACUUGGUUACAUUGACAGUGACGACUCCAUUCACGACUGUCAUUCACGUGGUCGAUAUAGCAGCGACUCCUGUGCCAGACCAAAUCCAUUCGGUCGAAAGCAGCGGACUAUCAGAUGAAAGUAAAGGCGCAAUAGCGGGGUCUAUCCUCGGUGUUGCGGUCUCUCUGCUGCUCUUAUACUAUCUUUAUCUAUGUCGUUUGCAGUCGCGGGCAUCGACUCCACGAUCGCCUAAAGUUCCACUUGAUCCGAAAGAUCCUACACCACCUCCGGAUCCUGUUCCUACUGACGAUAAACCGGCGAGGAAAAAGAAGAGUGUUACGAUAUCAUCUGAUCUUCCUCGAUAUCUGCCCCGAUACUCAGGCUCGAAGGAUAUGAAGUCGCUCAUCUCGCCUCUUGUGAGAAUAUCAACAGAAACAAACUUGAGGACUGGGUUCGAGACAAGAGAAGGAAGAUUAGGACAGCGGGUUCGCUUCAUGAUUCGAGAACGGGAGAGACCGAGGGUGAAGAAGCGCCGGAGAUCUCACAGGCGUCGAAGCAAACGCAAAGGGGUGAAGGCAGAUGAUACGAAUUGA